CAGUUUUUCCAAACGUAUCCCGACUCAGACUCCGAUCAGAACUGUCGACUCCGCCCGACUCCGACUCCGACUUACACCGCAGCUCUGGUAGGCACCAUCACCAUAUGCGUCUAUACCUUUUAUAGUGCAUUCGUCCGUCUGGAUAGUGCGUAGUAUGUGGCCGGAAAUGGAAUAGAUUUUCGCAAAUUUGAAUUCGCUUGAUAGACUUAACGCGUUAAAAAUGAAAUGCAAAACUGGGACAAAAUGGCUAAAUGUGGUCAACGCGACACGGGCUCGGUCCCUGCAAAAGAUGGCACUUUUUCCCCCCCCCCCCCUGCUAAGGUGAAGAGGGCCUUGAGUCUUGAGACGAAAUGGGCUAUGAAUGUCCGAGAAACAGAUAGCUAGUUAUGAAUAUGUAAGACACCUCUGUCUUCCACGCGCUCUGCCCGCGCCCGCGCGCCGACGCGCGACGGCUUCCCGCCACAGCCGGGAACACGAUUUAGCCGUGCAUCCUUCACGACUCUCUGCCGUGAAGGAUGCAUAUUAUACCUACACACAAAUCGUAAUUACUAUUCUUAAAUUAUGCGUCGUCGAAAUAUCAUCAAAAUACAGCUUUUGAGGCCAGCUGCAAUGCCCAAGUCAGGAUGCUUAUUUACUUGGAAAAGCUACUUUUCCAAAUCUCAAUUUUCCGACAUCGAUACGCAAAUUGUAGUAUCGAUACGCAAAUUGUAGUCUGAACUCUAUACGCAAAUAUAGAGCUGAAAGAUUAUCGUCAUCACGAGUCCGGUUACAUUGCAGCACACAGGAAUUCAUAUAAUACAAACACGAAAGACGCAAGAUGUGGAGGGGGGAGUCAGAGAUGGACGCGGGUGGAUCAGAGACGAAAUUAGAACCUUCGGAGGUUCUAAAUCGGAAGGUUUACAAAUGUUCGUCAAAAAAUGUUCGUCAUUUUCAAAGAGUCCUCGAAUAUCACUUCUUCGCAGGCUUCUGCGCCCGUAACAUUUUUAUUAUGAUAAAUGUUACCAUUAAAGUUUGUCAUUUUUAAACUUCUCUAGGCCGAGGGAGCGACAACAUUGCGUUGUCAUUAGAGGAAACAUUGGAGGAAAAGUUAUUCCGAUGCCAAUAGAUUCUUGGAUUACAAACUCAUCGACCACGUUGUGCAGUUUAAGGCUAACUUUUAGUAUCCUUCGAGCAUUACAAUUUGCUUGUUCUCCUACAAAGUAGACAAAUCAUUUGCAAUGGUGAAUCUCGGGAGGCGGAGUAGGUACUUAUGAUGCCGGCUGUAUCUGCUGAGUUUUGCCUGAUUACCCACCCAACAGAUAUGGAAAUAAAGUGUGUCAACGUUCUCCUUUUCCAGACACUUUAUGGAGAGUUUAAGGGCCCCAAUGCCCGCUCGCGUAGGCUUCAAGAAUGGGGUCGCAUACGCGAGCGAGCCAUUCAACUUGGCCUGAUAAAUGACGCAACAUCGACGCAAAGCAUGCUGCAGGGUGUUAUAAAAAACACCCAAGACCGGACAAAAAAAAAAUUCCAGCAAAAGAACCAGUCGGGGGCAGGUGCAGUGGUCUGGACCCAGCUCGACGAUACCGUCAUGGAUUGCGUGGGCAGAGACAACUACCUGACGUCGUUUAAGGUUCCUGGCGGGAUUACCUGGGGCCAGAUGAUGACGAAUCAGCAAGAAGCCGGCCCAGAAACCGCACUGACAACCGCGGGAGAAACGUCAUCAGCACCCAGUAUCUACUUCACUACAGAAGACGGUCGGUUGAUAGGGCUGGGCACGCCGCUCGCCCAGUCUCCGGCGACCAAUGCGACCACGAUAACCACCACGGUCCUCUCGACCGUCCCCUUGACCAGGGCAGGCUCGUCAAACGCAACAACCCCUUCGACUGGUCCGCCCCAGGAAAGCGCCAUGGCUCUCUCGUCCGGCAAGGCCUCGUCAGCUGACGCAGCCCCUUCGACUGUUCCGUCCCACUCCCAGGGGAGCGCCACGGCUCUCUCGACCGGCAAGGCCUCGUCAGCUGACCCAGCCCUCCCGACUGGAGCGUCCCAGGAGAGCGUCACGGCUCUCUUGACCGGCGAGGCCUCGUCAGCUGACGCAGCCCUCUCGACUAGAGCGUCCCAGGAGAGCGCCACGGCUCUCUCGACCGGCGAGGCCUCGUCAGCUGACGUGGCCCUCUCGACUGGAGCGUCCCAGGAGAGCGCCACGGCUCUCUCGACCGGCGAGGCCUCGUCAGCUGACGUGGCCCUCUCGACUAGAGCGUCCCAGGCAUCGGAGAGAAACCGCGAUGAGAUUGAAGCGCGCCUCCAGCUCAUCCGCUCAACGCCACUCUUCAGACGGACGCCGGAGGAGGUGACCCUGCUCCGCACCUACCUCAGCUUACAGAUCCUGGAGGACAUGCUGCAGGGAGGAACUCCCACACCAACCCUGACAUAUGUGCUAUGAGCAGGGCUGCGGAACCGCAGCUAGAGCUGGAUCCGGAGCCGCCGGAGCCGGCAUCUUUUGCCCGGAGAUGGAGGCGGAGCCGGAGCUGUCGAAGUUGGUGGCGACUCUGGCUAAAUUUGUUUGUUUUGUUUUUAAGGAAAAAGUUAACUUAAUUAGUUCGGUUUGACAGUCACGUGAAUAAAAUACGCCUCAAAUAUAUUAUUCCUUUCUUGUGAAGGAAAUAAACCGUUUUAA